UUCGCAUGUGGUAGUUUAAAAUAAAAGCGGCCACGAGACAACAGAUGCGCUUUCUUCUCCAGACGAAUUCUCUGAACCUGCAAUCUCCAGUUUUCUUCAAGCUUCCUAUUGCCCGAUGUACAUGAAUUCAAGAAGUACUGCUGCAUCGUUCGUUUCCUGUCAAACGGGAAACAACAACAAUCUCCUCUUUGGGGCCGUGAGCUGCUGUUUCUGCCCGUUUCUUGGAAGCCCUGUUUCAUCUGUGAACUUCCUUCUGUUUAAGGCUGUUGUUCGUCGUCUAUUGUUAUCUGUCCUAAUUUAGGCCGCGUCGUCUUUGCAACCAUGGUUUCCUCUCAGUUUCAGCCAACAACUGCAACCAACUUACUGAAGCCUUUCAAAAGCCUCUCGAUUGUCAAGGAAUCCCCUGAAAAUUAUCCAUAUGAUAAUCUGGAGUUGGAGUUUUCAGAUGUAUUUGGUCCUGUACAAUCUCAUGGGCCUUUGCCUCAGAUUUCUGAAGACUCGGCUGAAUUCACUGUCCAUGCUGAAGUGAAUGAAGUCUAUGACGAACCGGAUGUGGUCCAAUGCCGAAAGCAUUCCUAUGUCGGUCCUACAACCAUUAGAAAUCAGCCGCUGCGACUCAGUAGACAAACACCGGAAAUUGUAGGGGAACUCAGCGACGAUUCUGAGGAGAACUUGUCUGAAUCGUACGAUACUCGAGUUGACAGCAACAUGGAGAAAGCAGCGGUGCUUGAGGACUUUGAAUUUUUGAAACUUGUCGGGCAAGGGGCAUUUGGAAAAGUAUACCAAGUCAGGAAGAUCGGUUCAUCAGAAAUCUUCGCCAUGAAGGUGAUGAGAAAAGAUAAGAUUAUGGAGAAAAAUCACGCCGAGUACAUGAAGACCGAGAGAGAUAUCUUGACGAAAAUCGAUCAUCCUUUCAUAGUUCAGCUCAGAUACUCCUUCCAGACGAAAUACAGAUUGUACCUUGUUCUAGAUUUUGUUAAUGGAGGUCAUCUCUUCUUUCAACUGUAUCAUCAAGGCCUGUUCAGAGAGGCUGACGGGCGUGUCUACACAGCCGAGAUUGUUUCUGCCGUCAGCCACCUCCACAAGCACGGCAUAAUGCAUAGGGAUCUCAAACCCGAGAACAUCCUGCUCGAUGCAGAGGGACAUGCAAUGCUUACUGAUUUCGGCCUUGCAAAGCAAUUCAUAGGAGAAACAAGAUCAAACUCGAUGUGUGGGACGCUGGAGUAUAUGGCCCCUGAAAUUAUCCUCGGAAAAGGCCACGACAAGGCCGCGGACUGGUGGAGCGUGGGGAUUCUCCUCUACGAAAUGCUUACAGGAAAGCCACCAUUUAUCGGAGGGAAUAAUCGCCAAAAGAUUCAGCAGAAGAUACUCAAGGACAAGAUCAAGCUCCCGGCAUAUUUGUCUAGCGAAGCUCACUCUCUAAUAAAAGGGCUACUGCAGAAGGAUCCGAGGAAGCGACUAAGCUGUGACGAGAUAAAGAGCCACAAGUGGUUCAAGUCAAUAAACUGGAAGAAGCUCGAGGAUCGGGAAAUUCUGCCUGGCUUCAUUCCACAUGUUGAAGGAAAGCAAUGCACGGCCAACUUCGAUGAACGAUGGACUAAAAUGCCAUUGCAGGACUCGCCUGCGUCGAGCCCGAAAGAAAAUCCUUUCCAAGGCUUCAGUUAUGUCCGCCCUGCGAGCCGAUUUCCGCAGGUGAAUUUAUCUUAAAUUACCCUACAUUCUCCUCCAGGCUGUGUCUUUUUUAUUUGUAUCCUAGACCAGAUCGAACUUAAGAAUCCUCUCUUGGUGUAUGUUUCCAUUCCAAGCCCUGUAGUAAGCGUGAUUAUUUUAGGACACCUUUGUUGCAGAACUAUUUGCUUCGAUCCAAUCUUCACUCUGCAUUUGUUAUGUUGUACUUUUUUCU